AUGGCGAGAUUUGCGGUUUUAAUUGCUGCGGUGGUGCUGGCUUUCAUAGUGGCAGCGCCGGUGCCGGAAGUGGCUGCGAAAAAGUAUACAGUCGGCGAAAACAAGUUUUGGAAUCCCAACAUUAACUAUACCAUUUGGGCUCAGGGCAAACAUUUCUACCUCGGAGACUGGCUCUAUUUCGUGUUCGACAGGAACCAACACAACAUUCUCGAAGUGAACAAGACAGACUAUGCAAACUGUAUCGCCGACCAUCCUAUCAGAAACUGGACACGUGGAGCUGGGAGAGACAUUGUCACUCUCAAUGAGACCAAACACUACUACCUGCUUGACGGAAAGGGUGGCUGUUACGGUGGCAUGAAGCUCGCUGUUAAAGUCGAGAAGCUUCCUCCUCCACCAAAAUCUGCACCUGCCAAGAGCAUUGGAUCAGUUUCAAUGGUCACAGGUCUCGCUCAAUUCAUUGUUCCGGUUGCUCUUUUCUCUGUUUCGACAGUGUGGGAUGCGAUCUUAAGGAUGUGUUAG